GGUUCCUCCUGUUCUUCUUGAUCUUCUUGAAGUUGCGCUUGUUGAGGGAGCUGUCCACCUGGUGGUAGGAAUGCCUCUGGUCGAAAGUCUGGAUGUCCAUCAUUAUUCAUAUAGGCUAUGCCUAUGCUUCUUAUGUUCAAUGCCGCAUUUUUAUCCCGGUCUACAAUCACAGCCUUUGGAUAAAGCUCUGGAUGGUUAUUACAAGCUUUAAUCUUCCACAUCACCCAAUCUGGCGGUGGUGGGCGUGCCUGUAUACAGUCACUUGCCGGAUUCAACUGGUCUCGACAGUACUUUUAUUUUCCUUUACCUCUUUGGAAUGAAGCCGCCUUGAGGUCCUUCAACCCAGUACGUUGCACGUUCUCUUGUUUUUCUGUGUCCGCAAACCUCCUCGUCAUAUGGAAUACUUGUUAGCCGUUGCUGACACCCUGCGUGAACUUGAGAAGUGUUGUACUCGUCC